CCUGAAAAUCUACAGAAAAUUUGGCUUCGGGAGUUUUACCAGACGGUGCAGACACACAACCCUCACUUCCUGGCGGUCCACUUUCAGGAGGUGGGAGGGAAGAACUACGAGGCGUCCAUGUCUCACGUGGACAGCUUUGUCAAAGAACUUCUGUCCAGUGAGGCCAUGAAGGAGUUCAGCAGGGCCCGGGUCUACCUGGAUGAGAACUACAAAUCCCUGGAACACUUCACAGCUCUGGGAAGUUUCUACUUUAUCCACGAGUCUCUGAAAAACAUCCAUCAGUUUGACUUCAAAG